UUCAAAAACACUUUAUGUUUACAGGUUAUUUGGGAUCCAUACCACAACUGCAGAGACCGCCAUCCAUGUAACCCGGUUACGUUCUACCAUGGAUGCUUAAAGUGCUUAGACGUUGUCAAACCCUAUCAUCCAGAUAGAGUUCUGAGGCAGUUUGGCAAGGUUCAAACCAUUCCAGAUGCACCGCUAGCUCCCAGUCGUGGUGCUCGGGGUAAUAUAUCUGCACGAUAUAUAGUCAUGUAUAGAUACUUGGAUAGGAUCUGGGAGGCUUGGGAUAACCACGUGUUAUCUGAGCAACGGAGGAGCACACCAGUUCGUCAGCCGUGGGAAUGUGUACUGGGUUACAUGGAUUGGUAUAAAAAUAUCACGCACCUAUAUGUUGAGCACACUGAUGAACCGCGUGUCCAUGACCAUCAGGAUUUCAGCCAACAUGCCGAUCGUAUUGCACAUGCACUGCAGAUUUCACAUCCUAUUAUUGACGCUGGUUAUGAGGAGGGGAUUCGACAUCCUUAUCGACUUUACCAGGCUAUCGAGAGUAUGAUGCAUGUCCUUGAAGGUCAGCACAUUGACGAAGCUGGACCUAGUUCUGCUGGACCUAGUUAUACUGGAGGUCGCUUUCCAUCUUCGACAUUGACAUACAGUCGUAGGCCUAGGCGUAGACAUACAGCUGAUUCGUGACAUGUUAUUUGUUAGUUGGUGGAUUUUUUUUGGUGUUUUUUGUAAGAUGAUAUUGUUGUAAUGGUAACAGUGGUUAAUAUUUUCUUAUUAGA